AUGUCCCGACCAACGCAAUCGCGCCAGCAGACCGAGGCGAAUGCCAAGAUCCUCCGCGCCCUCGUCAAGUCGCCGGACAACAAAGUGUGCGUUGACUGCAAGAAGAACGAUCCGCGCUGGGCGAGCUGGAAUCUGGGAUGCUUCCUGUGCAUUCGCUGCUCCGGCAUUCAUCGAUCUAUGGGGACGCACAUUAGUAAAGUGAAAUCCAUCGACCUCGACAUCUGGACUCCCGAACAGAUGCACAGCGUGCAAGUAUGGGGCAAUCGGCGAUGCAACCUGUACUGGGAGGCGCAUCUCAAGGCGGGCCACGUACCCGCCGAUCACAAGAUCGAAUCGUUCAUCCGGUCCAAGUACGAGUCGCGGCGGUGGGCGAAGGAUGGGCCUGUUCCUAGCGAUCCUAGCGUGCUGGAUGCGGGUGAAGGUGCGAGUGUUGCAGCUCCGGCGGCGAGUGCGGCGGUGGAGACGGUGGCAGUGAAGAAGGUGAUUGCGCCAAAGGUGGAUUUGUUCGAUGACGAACCGGCUGCGCCUGCACCAGCACCCGUGGCGGCGGCGGUGAAGGCAGCUCCGGUACCAGCAGCACCAGCCAAACCAGCGGCCCCGGCAGGAGGCGGAAUCUUCGACCUCGACUGGCACGAUCCUGCCCCCACUUCCGCUAGCGCUACUAGCCCGACAACAACCGGCGCAAAGGGCAAGAACGAUAUCAUGUCGCUCUUUGCGGCUAAGCCUGCUGCGCCCGCACCUGCACCGAGCACGGCCGGUGGGAAUGGUUUCGGUGACUUUGGCGCGUUCGCUGCUGCCCCCGCCGCUGCAUCCAAUCAGGGUGUAGCCGGGUUGAACGCGGGUUUCGGCAGUCUCGACCUCUCCUCCACCACCUCAUCAAAGCCUGCACCUCCGACAGCAGGGUUCGCCGGCGCAGGCGGCAACCCCUGGUCCACCCCCGCCCCCACCUCGUCAGGAGGCCAGGGCGGACUGUUCGACACACAGGACGUCUGGGGCACCUCCUCCAACGCCACUGCUCCCGCUGCGAGCAGUAAGCCCAAGGAGAACGAUGCCUUUGCGGACAUUUGGGGCGAUUUCAAGUGA